AUGGUGUCUGAAAACGGAGAUACCAACGUGCAGACCGACACCGCAGAGGCUGUUGUACCUGGCUCGCCAGUAAAGCGGAGUCUUGGCAAUGGCGCCGCAGCCGAAACCAGCACAGCGGACGUGCCUGCAAGCAAUGCGCCGUCUGCAGGCACAGAGGGCCAUGGCGACGACACGGAGCACCGGCAGAAGCGGGUCAAGACAGAUGCCGGUGUGCAGGGGCCGGCGAAGCGCGAGAAGAUCCACGGCAUCGCCAUGAUCAAGGAAGAAUACCUGAUCAAGGGCAUCGGCGACGACCCAAGAGGGUCCCGCGCUGAAGCUGAUGUGGACGACGACACGGCAGAGGGCCGUGACGGCCGUGAAGGGGGCGGCGGCAGCGCCGGCCACAGCGGACGCAAGAACCGCAAAAAGGGCGGCCAGAACAAGGACCGCGACUUUGGCCGCUCGCGGGACGCCCAGAAGCUGUGCUCGUCGGUGUCGCACUCCAACGAGUUCUCGCCCAAGUCGUGCCGCUACGGCGACAACUGCCGGGCGCUGCAUGACCUGCGCAAAUACCUGUAUGGGGGCGGCCGCCGCGGCGACCUGGAGACGUUUGAGGGCAAGUGUCCGGUGUUUACUGCGUUUGGCCGGUGUCCGUCGGGCUGGAAGUGCCGCUUUGUCGGGAGCCACAUGAAGGAGGUCGAGCACGAAGACGGGCGCACGGAGCUGACGCUGCUGGGCAGCGGCAGCAGCAACAGCGACGAGGCGUCGACGGAGGCGGCAGACGAUCUCGACGAUGCACGUCCCGGCGUUGUCAACAUUGUGUCGGCCAUGGACAAGCAGAACCUGACGCGCCGGCGGAUGGAUCUGAGCCGGUCGGAGCAGUACAUCAGGUGGCUCGACGGCGAGCUGAACAUUGUCAAGAAGAUCUACAACGCAAACGGCACGGACGCGACAAAAGAGGUUGCCGAUUCGACGGCAGAGACGACGACAGACGGCGGCGACGGUGCCGCUCCCACCGCAGAGAACGGCGCGGACGAAAGCAAGCCGCGAGACGCCGGCGUGAGCACACUGGUGCAAGACUACCGGGCCCAGUUUGUGGAUCCGCCGUUCCUGCCGUCGGAGAAGCGGCGCAUCUACUUUGGGCCGGAGACGCCGACGCUGGCGCCGCUGACGACGCAGGGCAACCUGCCGUUCCGGCGGCUGUGCGUCGAGCUCGGCUGCGAGGUGACGUACUCGGAGAUGGCGCUGGCGGUGGACAUGGUCACGGGCAAGCAGCCGGAGUGGGCGCUGAUGAAGGCGCACGCGUCGGAGAUCCAGGCGCCGCGCUACACGCCGACGACGCCGGUGGCGGGCUACGACAACCGCCGCGACAUCAAGUUCGGCGCGCAGAUCGCGGCGAACCAGCCGUGGAUGGCCAUCAAGGCGACGGAGGCGAUGACGCGGCUGCUGCCGCACCUGCGGCUCGUCGACAUGAACUGCGGGUGCCCGAUCGACCUGAUCUACAAGACGGGCGGCGGGUCGGGGCUGCUCGAGUCGCACAACAAGCUGGAGCGCAUGAUCCGCGGCAUGAACGCGGUGUCGGGCGAGGUGCCCAUCACGGCGAAGCUGCGCAUCGGCGUGCGCGACAACAGCCCGACGGCGCCCAAGGUGAUUGAGCGGCUGGCGUUUGGCGGCCUGGAGACGCGCGCGCGGCUGGGCGCGCCGGGCUGCGCGGCCAUCACGCUGCACGGGCGCACGCGCAACCAGCGCUACAAGAAGCCGGCCGACUGGGGCUACAUUGCCGAGUGCGCCGCGCUGGUCCGGUCGUACAACGAGCAGCGCGACGCGCUGGCCGACACGGUGCGCGAGCCGGACGCGCGCACGCAGGCCAACGCGUCGCGCAUCUUCUUUUUGGGCAACGGCGACUGCUACAGCCACGUGCAGCACCAGGAGCAGCUUGCGCAGUCGGGCGUCGACGCGGUCAUGAUUGGCCGCGGCGCCCUCAUCAAGCCGUGGCUCUUUGAGGAGAUCCAGGCCGGCCAGUACCUGGACAAGUCGGCGACGGAGCGCCUGGCGUACGUGGAGCGGUUUGCGCGGUACGGCAUGGAGGCCUGGGGCACGGACGAGUACGGCCUGGGCACGACGCGGCGGUUCCUGCUCGAGUACCUGAGCUUUGCGACGCGGUAUGUGCCCGUCGGCCUGCUCGAGUACCUGCCGCCCAGCUUGAACGACCGGCCGCCGGCCUUCCGCGGCCGCAACGAGCUGGAGACGCUGCUGGCGAGCCGCAACUACAAGGACUGGAUCAAGAUCAGUGAAAUGUUCUUGGGCCCCGCACAUCCCGACUUCAAGUUUGUGCCCAAGCACAAGUCCAACGCAUACGAAAUGGAGGCCGAGGGGUGA